AGGCGCGAGAGGAGGCCGCCCCGCACAAAGAUGGCGGCCGCGCCCGGGAGGAACCGGAAGCGCGGUCCGGCGGCGGCGCCGGUCCGGGGCAGGCGCGAGAACGCGCGGGGAGGCGCGGGUCCGGGCAUGAAGCUGGGCCGGGCCGCGCUGGGCCUGCUGCUGCUGGCGCCGUUGGCGGUGCGGGCGGUGGAGCCCAUCAGCCUGGGACUGGCCCUGGCCGGCGUCCUCACCGGCUAUAUUUACCCGCGCCUUUACUGCCUCUUCGCGGAGUGCUGCGGCCAGAAGCGGAGUCUCAGCAGGGAGGCGCUGCAGAGGGAUCUGGACAGCAAGCUCUUUGGACAGCACCUUGCGAAGAAAGUCAUCCUAAAUGCUGUGUUCGGCUUCCUAAGCAACCCGAAGCCCAAGAAACCGCUGACUCUCUCUCUGCACGGGUGGACGGGCACCGGCAAAAAUUUCGUUAGCAAGAUCAUCGCGGAGAAUAUUUACGAGGGCGGUCUGAACAGUGACUAUGUGCACCUGUUUGUGGCCACGCUGCACUUUCCACACGCCUCCAACAUCACCCUGUAUAAGGAUCAGUUACAGUCAUGGAUCCGCGGCAACGUGAGCACGUGUGCAAGAUCCAUCUUCAUAUUCGAUGAGAUGGAUAAGAUGCACGCCGGCCUCAUAGAUGCCAUCAAGCCUUUCCUGGACUAUUAUGACCACGUGGACGGGGUCUCCUACCAGAAGGCCAUCUUCAUAUUUCUCAGCAAUGCUGGAGCAGAAAGGAUCACAGAUGUGGCUUUAGAUUUCUGGAGGAGUGGAAAGCAGAGGGAAGAGAUCAAGCUCAAAGACAUGGAGCCGGCUUUGUCCGUGUCAGCCUUCAAUAACAAGAACAGUGGCUUCUGGCACAGCAGCUUAAUUGACCGAAACCUCAUCGACUACUUCGUCCCCUUCCUCCCCCUGGAAUACAAACACCUAAAAAUGUGCAUCCGGGUGGAAAUGCAGUCCCGAGGCUUUGAAAUCGACGAGGACAUUGUAACCAAAGUGGCUGAGGAGAUGACGUUUUUCCCCAAAGAGGAGAGAGUUUUCUCCGACAAAGGCUGCAAAACGGUGUUCACCAAGCUAGAUUACUACUACGACGACUGACCGCCCCGGGCUGGGGAGGAAGACGCCCUCCGCACCCGGCUCUUUGCCCACACGUCCCGGCUCCGGGGCCUGGAGGACCGAGCAGCUGUUUCCUGUUGGACGGAACGGGAACCUUCCUGAGACGUUUUCAUCCAUCGGAGCCUCCGGGCCUCACACCCUACAGAUCAUGGAUCGCGGACUUCGGAACAGCCCAGAGCCUUCAGAGGCAGCGGCGCCCUGCUCCCCGGCCACGCGUCCGAGGGCUCAUGAUUUUUUAAAAAUCAUGUUUUAAUUUCAAGUGUUUCUGUUUCAAGGAAGAAUGUCUAAGUUUUACUGAAAAUGCGAUGACUUUAUUUAAAAUGGUUUUUAACCUUAUGAGAAGCUUUUCAGACUCUA